AAUUAAACCUAAAAAUUUUCCCGGCUAAACAUGACCUUAAUCUGAAGAGUAACAAAACAAAAAACAAAGAUUGAGAUGUGGAGAUUAAUUUAGAGGCGAGGACAGACAAGGACAAAGGAAUUGCAUUUGGGUGACAUCAGCCUGCCAUCCAUCCUCUCCUUUAAAAAGGCUUCACACCCACAGAGCUGCUUUCACUCUCCUUCUCUUCUUUCCUCCUCAUAGCCUAGGCACCUUCAUUCCUCCUUCCACCUUCUUCCCUCGAUCGAUCGUCUUCUCCGUCUCCGGCCGCGCAUGCAGUGCAUGGCGCAGGAGGGCUCCGAGGCCUCCGUCGCCAGCUCGCCGCCGGCGCCGCCGCCUCCCCCUCCGUCGUCGUCGUCGUCCACCUCUAAUUCGUCCGCGGUGACCACGCCUUCUUCGUGGUGGCGCGACAUGCAGCAUCACCACCAGCAGCAGCAGAACCACCACCAUGGCGGCUACGCGGCAGCGGCGCCGGCCAGCUGGCUGCCGCCGCCCUCCUCGGCCGCCGCGCCACGGUGGCCUCCGACGAUGGCGGCAGCCACCACGCAGCAACACCACCAUAACCACCACCACCACCGGACGUCGUCGUCCUCCGGCGCCGACCAGGACGACCUGUCGGCCUCCAACGCCACCAUCACCUCCUUCACCAACAACACGUCCACCAACCACUCCGGCCUCAGCAUGGACUCCUCCGGCGAGGCCGCCGCCGCUGCCGCCGCCGCCGAGAGCCACCUCAUCUGGAAUCAAGUCCUCAUGGGCGCCGGCGGCGAGGUAGGGAGGAGCAUGCCGGCGGUGCACGACGCCCACGACGACAGCGAGAACUUCCUUGAGCUGCUCAACUCGAGGUCGCUCGCGCCGGAGCUCUUCGCGGAGCCGCCGGCGUGCGACUACCUCAAGAAGAUGGAGUACGGAGGUGGAGGCGGCGGCGGAGGAGGAGGAGGAGCAUGGCCGGAGCACCAGUUCACGGCCGCGGCGCUGGAGAAGCACCUGAGCUCCGCCGCGGGCUACGGCGGCGCGCUGGCGCACCACCACCACCACGCCGCGGGCGCGCCGGAGCGGCUCACGGCCAACCUCUCUGACCUGGUGAGCAACUGGUCCAUCGCGCCGCCCAACCACGCCCACCACGUCGCGCCAUGCGAUAACCCCGCGGUGGCGGCGGCCAUGGGUACCCACGGCGGCAACGUCAUGAAGCACGAGAUGGGCGGCGGCGCGAUGCUCCAGCAGGAAGCGGCCGGGACCGGGAGCGGCGGCAGCACCGGCGGCGGGCAAGACUUCCUCAGGCCGAUGGGCCUAGCUGGGUCUUACAGCUCCAUGCUAGGGCUGAGCAGCAGGAUGUACGGCGGCGGCACCGCCACCACCAUGGACGUGCCGUGGGGGAGCAAUGCCGGCGCGGCGAGGAGCCUGUCGGACCUGAUAUCGUUCGGCACAGGCGCGCUGGACAAGCCCGCCGCGCCGCCGCCGCAGUCCUCCGCGCCGGCGAGGACGACGACUUCGUCGGCGGACUACAGCAAUAAGAAGCAGCAAGGACAGCAGGAGAUCUCGUCCCCAGCGAAGACGAGCAGCGGCGGCGGGAAGGAGGGGAGGAAGAAGCGGUCGGAGGAGGCGAUGGCGUCGGAGGGGAGCACGAAGAAGUCCAAGCACGAGGCCACGUCGCCCACCUCUUCCCUCAAAUCGCAGGUUCCAAAAGUAAAGUUAGGGGACAAGAUCACUGCACUGCAACAGAUCGUUUCACCGUUUGGAAAGACUGACACAGCAUCGGUGCUAUAUGAGGCGAUAAAUUACAUUAAGUGGUUGCAUGAACAAGUGCAGUUGUUGAGUGACCCAUACAUGAAGUCCAGUAGUAGCAAGGAUUACAAUGCAUGGGGAGGGUUGGAUAGGAAGGAGAAGUCAGAUGCAGAGGUUGACUUGAGAAGUAGAGGGCUGUGCUUGGUGCCUGUCUCCUGCACCCCUCAAGUGUACAGAGAUAACAACGGCCCAGAUUACUGGACGCCACCCUAUAGAAGCUGCUUAUACCGAUGAAUUUAUAAUUAAAUGUUGAUCAUUGUUUAUUAUUAUUAUUAUUAAUUACUGAAUAAUUUGUGGUGAAUAUAUGGUUAGAGAAAAGGACAUUCAUAGCCAAGUAAGUUUAAUUAGAGCUCUAUUUGUGUACGGCCACAGAUUAAUUGAACUUCCCCAAUGUAUCUUCUGGUUUGUUGAUUAAUUAGUAGGCAUAUAUGGUUCCUGUGAUCAGCA